ACUGAUGUGUGAAUCUCUUGUCAGUGUUUCGUUACAAGUGACCCAGGGUUCUCUGAGGAUUUUCAUUUCCAUGGGGGGGAAUAAAAGAAGUUUUACAUUGAUGGACUCUAAUGUGAGGUGUUGACUCCUCACUGCACUGUGAAAACCAUUAGGAAAAAGUCCUUGGGGUUAAAACCUGGGGCUCCACAGUGUUACCUGCACUUGGGGCUAGAAAUUAAUUUAAAUGGCGACUGAUCUGUCUGAAGCUGAACCCGUGCAUCAUAAGGCGCUUCCACUCUUAACGGGAGCUCAGCUGAUCCACACGGACAAGUUAAGUGAGAAAGUUGAAGACGACACAAUGCCGAUCCGUCGCUCAGUGAAUUCUUCUUCCCGGGAAACUCCUCCCAAAAGCAAACCUGCUGAAGGUGAAGAGGUCAAAGCGGAUGCAGAAGUCACCUCUGAGGAAUCUGCCUCUGUUGGAGAAGAACAAGAGAAUGAAACCCUGCCUGCUGCAUCUGGUGAAGCAGAACAGCCAAAGGAAUCUGAGAAUGAAGGGAAGGCGGAAACAAAGUCCUCAGAAGAAACCAAAAAGGACGAGAAGGAUCAGUCUAAGGAAAAGGAGAAGAAGGUGAAAAAGACCAUUCCUGCGUGGGCUACUCUUUCUGCUAGCCAGCUAGCUAGAGCACAGAAGCAGACUCAGAUGGCUGCCACCUCACGUCCCAAAAUGGAUGCUAUUUUAACUGAGGCCAUCAGGGCGUGCUUUCAAAAGAGUGGUGCAUCGGUCGUUGCAAUACGUAAAUACAUUAUCCACAAAUACCCUUCCCUGGAGCUUGAGAGGAGAGGCUAUCUUCUAAAGCAAGCAUUGAAAAGGGAGCUGGAGAGGGGAAUCAUUAGACAGGUGAAAGGAAAGGGAGCUUCUGGGAGCUUUGUAGUGGUGUCUAAUGCAGGAAAAACUGUUCCAAAAGCCAGAGACAGAAAGAAAAGCACUUCCACUUCGACUGCAGAGCAACAAGUCAAGCUGGAAGAUAUCCUGCCGCUGGCUUUCACCCGCCUUUGUGAACCGAAGGAAGCUUCUUACAGCCUGAUCAAGAAAUAUGUGUCUCAGUAUUACCCCAAACUCAAAGUAGAUAUAAGACCCCAGCUGUUGAAGAAUGCCCUGCAGAGAGCUGUAGAGAAGGGCCAGUUAGAGCAGAUCACAGGGAAGGGAGCGUCUGGGACAUUCCAGCUGAAGAAAUCAGGGGAGAAGCCCCUGCUGGGUGGGACUCUGAUGGAAGAUGCCAUCCUGUCUGCUAUUGCGGCCAUGAACGAACCGAAGACCUGCUCCACCACAGCGCUGAAGAAGUAUAUCCUGGAAAACCACCCAGGGACCAACUCCAACUUCCAGGGACCAUUGGAAAUUUCCCUGGUCCUUAGAGGCCUGUGUUUAGCCAGCCUCCAGUGCUUGUCAGUCUUGCAAGUCGGGUAAGGAAAUUUCAGCUUGCAAUCUGUUGUUUUCUUUCUCCUUCCGUUACAUAAAAGGAAUUUUGAUGAUCUCUGCUCUGUUUUAAGAGCAACCGGAGGAAGAUCUGGUGAGAUGUAAAAGCAGGCGGGUAAUGCACUGCAGAGCCAGUGCUCUGCACUCCUCCCCAUUUUAUACCUCAUACUUUGUAAGUGGACUUGACUGGAGCCAAAUCCUUUAUGUGCUGCUGUUGACCUUUGGUACCCAGAGUAAAAACAGCCUUAUGUUUUAUGUGUUGCUCCCAUUUAUAAAAGUGUGGGGUUUUUAAAGACUUCUUGAACUGUGAUGAUCCUAAUGUUGCAACACAAGUAUUUCAAUGGAUACAAUCAACUCAAUUAGCUAUGCAGUCUCCUCCAGUGCUGUACAAAAUAAAACAUUUCAGCAGAGGUUGCCUGUAAGCUGGUGAAGAUGUGGCACUGUCCCAGAUGAUUGUCUUGCUGUGAAAUGUAAUUUCUUGAUAAAAGCUCAUUUCCGGAGUGUUGAAUAAAUGGUUGGAGUGAAUAUCUCUGCAUUAAUUGUACAGAACAGAUUCAGAUGACGGUUCAGCCAGCACGUUUCUUUGUAUUUUUCUCUUUCCAUUUCUCAAGUGAACCUCUUUGGAAUGUGCUUGAGGGCAGACCUUGCUUUUCCCUUGGUUUGGGGGGAGCUAAAUGGUGCUUCUAAUUCAAGCUGAAAAUGGUUUCGAACUGACUAAACAACUUCAGCCCUUUGCCAGAGACAAAGAUCCCCUGUACUUGCACAGUUUCGGUUACAAUUCUUACACAGUGCACAAUGGAACAGAAGACUGGAAUAAAAAGUGCAUUUGUCGUAUUUCUAGACCAAAUAUUUUCCCUUUAAAAAAAAACCCAAACAAAAUCACAGAAUGGGGAAAGAUGCACUACAUAUGAAAUUUAGAACAUGAGGAGGGCACAAACAGGGUAAAGACUUGAUUUUUUAAAACACUUUGGAGAAUAGGCUGAAAAAAAGCUGAGACUUGGGUUAAAUUUGGACAGAAGUAGUUACGUGGUGCUGUUCAAUGCAUUUAUAAAGGAGGAUCCCUUGAUUGUGACAUCAAAACCAUGCACUGUUCUUGACUUCUUCCUUUGGAGAAUUUAAAGCCACACUUGCUAAGUGUGCAGGAACAAACACUUGUAUCUUGCUUGAAUCUUCCUGGAGAUUAACUGUGAGAAGAUUUCCCUUUAAAUUAAAGACAUACUAAAGCUUCUAAACACAGUGGUCUAGCUGGGUCCCACCUGCAGCAGCUGCUUUUUGCUGAGUGCAGAAAGAAGCAUGUGAUGAUGUCUUCACGACUCUUGGGUCUCCAGUGCUGUUUUGUUCCUCUGCAGGUGUCCUGGGCAAAGGAGACUUCAUCCUGACUCCCCGUCUCUGAUUUCAGAGGGCACUGCAGAGAGCAGUAAGGUUAGACAAGUGGAUAAAGAUAGUAACGCAACCUUUCUCUGAUAUUUUUUCCCCUCUUUUU